GGCCGUGGAGUGCGCGUCUUUGGCGAGGCGUGCCGGGUUGUCUGGAGUCCAAGUUCCAUGACUUCGUCCCUCUCUAGGCGACGCUAGCCGGGUGCUGUGCCUCGCGGGGCUCACCCGCAGGCUUCGCUAUGGACGGCGAGAGCGAAGUGAAUUUUCCUAGCAGCAGUUUAACCCCUUCGUGGCGGAGGAGGUCGACCCCUCAGCCGCAGAUGCUGGGCCGGAGCAAGCCGAGACCCCAGUCUUACCAGAGCCCGAGCGGGCUGCUGAUCACCGAUUUCCCGGUGGAGGACCGAGGACCGCUCCCCGCGGCGGCGCAGGCUCCCUCCCAGGUGCCCACCGCUUCGGACGGCAGGACGGUCCAGAGGAGCCCUCUGCUCCUGUGCGCCCAGCGGAGGGCGGUCACCAACGGGAGGACGGUCUCCCCGGAGUCCCGGGCUGUCUCUCCUCGGCUCCGACGCCUGAAGUCACCGCAGACCCCCAAGGGGGCGUUGGGCGGCUCCCCGAAACCCCCCGAGAACGGUGCAGUGAUUUCGCCUGCGCCGCAGCGGCUGCGCCCCCCACAUUCCCCGAACGCAUCGGCCCCGCGCAGCCCAGAGGGAGACCCGGUCGGGUGGACUGCCAGCCCCCUGCCUCCGCCCGCUGCUGCCAACGGGCUGUCUGGUAACAUCGGCUCCCCAGGCUCCCGUGUGCCCUCCGGCCGGACAGCGAAGGACCCGGAGCGGAGACCCUCGCCCCAGAACCGGUCUUUGGAACAAACACUCCCCCUCCAGAGGCUGCCUUCUCAGGAGAACGAGCUCCCGGAGGCUCCCUCGGUGGUUUUGAGCACAAACAGCCCGGCUGCCCUCAAAGUGGGGAAGCAGCAGAUCAUCCCCAAGAGCCUGGCCUCAGAAAUCAAACUCAGUAAAAGCAGCAGCCAGAAUGUGGAGCCCCACAAGAGACUCCUCAAGGUGCGCAGCAUGGUGGAGGGCCUCGGGGCGUCCCUGGGCCCCUCCGAGGACGAAGGCGAGGCCGAGAACGACCUGGACAGCCCCGGGUCUCUGCGGAGGGGUCUCCGGUCCACGUCCUACCGCAGGGCGGUGGUCAGUGGCGUGGAUUUUGACAGCCCCACCACCUCGAAGAAGAAGAACAGAAUGUCUCAGCCGAUUCUGAAAGUGGUGAUGGAAGACAAGGAGAAGUUUUCCAGCCUUGGAAGGAUAAAGAAAAAAGUGCUGAAAGGACAAGGACCAUUUGAUGGGGAAGAAAAUGCUGUCCUGUACCAGAACUACAAAGAAAAGGCCCUUGACAUUGACUCUGAUGAAGAGUCUGAGCCCAAAGAACAGAAGUCGGAGGAAAAAAUUGUGAUCCAGCACAAGCCACUCCGGUCCACGUGGAGCCAGCUCUCUGCGGUGAAAAGAAAUGGAUUAUCUCAGACAGUUAGCCAGGAGGAAAGAAAGAGACAAGAGGCUAUCUUUGAAGUUAUAUCCUCUGAACAUUCAUAUUUACUCAGCUUGGAGAUCCUGAUACGAAUGUUUAAAAAUUCUAAAGAACUGAGCGACACAAUGACCAAAACAGAGAGUCACCAUCUUUUCUCCAAUAUUACAGACGUCUGUGAGGCAAGCAAAAAAUUCUUUACAGAGUUGGAAGCAAGACAUCAGAAUAAUAUCUUCAUAGAUGACAUAAGUGACAUUGUGGAAAAGCACACGGCAUCCACAUUUGACCCAUAUGUGAAAUACUGUACAAACGAAGUCUACCAACAGCGAACACUGCAGAAAUUGUUAGCCACCAAUCCAUCUUUUAAGGAAGUACUGUCAAGAAUCGAGUCCCACGAAGACUGUAGGAACUUACCCAUGAUCUCUUUCCUCAUUCUCCCCAUGCAGAGGGUGACUCGCCUUCCCCUGCUGAUGGACACUAUCUGCCAAAAAACACCUAAGGACUCUCCGAAGUAUGAAGUCUGUAAAAGGGCCUUGAAGGAAGUAAGCAAGUUGGUUCGACUGUGUAAUGAAGGAGCCCGGAAGAUGGAAAGGACAGAAAUGAUGUACACAAUUAACUCCCAGCUGGAAUUUAAAAUUAAGCCUUUCCCUCUAGUCUCCUCUUCCCGGUGGCUGGUGAAGAGAGGUGAGUUGACAGCCUACGUGGAGGACACGGUGCUUUUCUCAAAAAGGACGUCCAAGCAGCAAGUCUACUUCUUUCUUUUUAACGACGUGCUCAUCAUCACCAAGAAGAAGAGUGAAGAAAGUUACAACGUCAAUGAUUACUCCUUAAGAGAUCAGCUAUUGGUGGAAUCUUGUGACAAUGAAGAGCUUACCUCGUCUCCAGGGAAGAACAGUUCCACAAUUCUUUAUUCAAGACAGAACUCUGCCAGUCACCUCUUCACUCUGACCGUCCUUAGUAACCAUGCGAACGAGAGAGUGGAAAUGCUGCUAGGGGCUGAGACACAGAGUGAGCGAGCCCGCUGGAUCACUGCCCUGGGACACAGCAGCGGGAAGCAGCCUCCUGACCGAACCUCACUGACCCAGGUAGAGAUCAUUAGAUCGUUUACCGCCAAGCAGCCAGACGAGCUCUCCCUGCAGGUGGCCGACGUGGUCCUCAUUUAUCAACGUGUCAGCGACGGCUGGUAUGAAGGGGAGAGGCUGCGAGAUGGAGAAAGGGGCUGGUUUCCUAUGGAGUGUGCCAAGGAGAUAACGUGUCAAGCCACCAUCGAUAAGAACGUGGAGCGAAUGGGACGUUUGCUAGGACUGGAGACCAACGUGUAGCCUCUCUGGUGGCCUUUUGCGACUGCAAGAUUUGCACUGCAUCGUGGUGGGUGGGAUGGUUCUGGGCUGGCGUUGUUCUGAGUUUUCACACAGCCGACUCGAUGGAAAGGAGGGAAACAUUUGCCUUUAAGCUUGCCUGGUGGUCUUGCUCUCUCGGGAGAAAGGCUAGUUCGCAAAGCUGGGUGUUAUGUGCACAACGAUCCUGUUGCAAACCUCUAGGUAAGCAGAGUACCUGAGCGAGCAGUCCCCAUGCGGACCCAGGGCCUCGGCUCCUCCUAGCCGCACCGUGCCUGGCGAUAAAACAUGUACAUACAAUGCUGUAUCCUGAUUCUCUAGCCUCACUUAGCCAAGAGUGGGCUCUCCCUGUGUAAGCAUCUCCUUUAGGUGACUUUCCCAGCAUUAGGCAAGAGUUUCUGUCUUGAAGGAGUGCUCAGUUUUGUAUAUAUGUUUCCGGCUCUGACUAGAAUGCUAUGUGGAUUUCGAAAGAAACUGACAAGAGUUCUGAAGGUGAGCAAAGUUUUUUUUUUAAACCUCUUCCCGGGCAAGGGAAAUUGACACUUGAAUUGUUGCCACCUCUCUCCUGGUUAGCAGGGAAGUAAGGAGGCCUUACUUUUUUUUUUUUUUUUUUUAAUAUCCAUCUUACCCAUCUAAGACAAGUAUAGCCUAAUAACACUAAGCUACGUUAACAGCAUAAAAUGUAGGUGGUUCACAUAUGUGAGAAAAUCUUAAAUCUAGGACAGGGCUCCUGCUUUAAAAAGUAAUCCCAGCUGAGCUGACACACAGACAUGAGGCUGCUUCGCCUUCAGUAAUGCGAGGUUUUUGACUGUUUCUCUUCCCACUCGUUUCCAAAUGGGAAAUGGGCUGAAACACUUUAACACUGCCCAGGAAGACCGGAUUCGGCCUUCAGAGGUAUGGAGAAACCAGCAUGGUACUGACCUGAAACCCAACAUUUUGCCUUUCAUGGGGGAACCCAUUUUCUCUGCGCUGGAGGCCUCCCUGGCUGAGACUGGAGCCUCUCUUUCCCGCAGGUGUCUGCAGAACUUUAUUUCUUCCACUCGUGCGAGGAGAGAGAACAGUCAUUUUAAAAGUGUGUUUCAGACACAGGGCGUGAAGUUUGGAAGAUUGAGAGGGGAGAGCUGAUCUUUACCCUCAGCUAUGUUCGCUCUCUGCUCCAUUCUCUUCCACCAACGGGUAAAACCUGGCCAAGGAUGCAUGAUGGAAGGCCUCAGAUAGACUCUGAGUGACAUGCCCAGCUGCUGUCUGCCAACCAGUUACCCCAAUUGGCAGUAAGUUGAGAAGCCUAGUGCGGGAGAUAAGUAUACUUGGCUCACGUGCCUUAAGUCCUGCCAUCUCAGCCAUGAGCCAGGGAGGAGCACCCUGGGCCUUCUUGCCACCCCCCCCCCCCCCCCCCUCCCCCACACCCCCAAUGACUCCCCUUUCCCUCUGCAUACAUUUCAGGGAAUAAAACACAUGCCAGGCCCUGAGUUCCUUGCGGUCAGGAAGUCACAGCAGGAGGCCACAGCAAGAGAUGUUGGGGACUGAUAAAAAAAAUCUGUCUCCUUCCUCGUUAAUGUCAAAGAUUGUUUUGGAGGAGACGGGAACAAGUUGUAAUCUAACCUAACCUGAUGUUUUCAUUUAGGAAGGAAGGUAAAUUUGUUGCUUGCACAGGGAUCAUUUUGUGUUACUUUUGCUAAUACCCAGACACUUAAAAAGCAACUACACGAGUCCUGUGAAUUAAUUUAUAAGUAGAGAUGUCAAACAGUUUUGGAAAUGAGUGCAUCGUAUAAAUCAGAGCCCUCUUUAGCAAGCAGGCUAAUACUGUUGUUAGGUAUAAAGUGUUGUACAGCAGGUAUUUAACACAUUCACCACGUGUGUCGUUUUUACGUGACACAGUGCUGUUUUCCAACCUAGUUCAGGUUCUAGAAUAGCUUCUCUGAAUUGCACAAUUUCAUUCAGCGACCUGUGGAGAACAAAAGUAUUCAUUUUUGUCCCAAUGAAUGGAGACUGCUUGUACACUUUUGGCGAAACGUGAAUUUAUAAAGAUUUUGUAUAUACGUGUUCAUUUGUCCUGAUGUGAUUUAAUGUACUGUAUCUUCAUUUAAGUAAAUAGUUUGCUGAAUUCUUGGCCAAAUCUGAGUUCUACGAAAAAGAUUUCGGCAGCUGACAUUGGAGGGAACAGGUGUGUCCUUGGGUACGUGUUGGCAUCAGCUGCCCCAGAAGGCUGGGGCAUUU